UGAACCAGCCCUUCUUGCUUUCUUUCACUGCUCCCUGAGGAGUUCUUGGGACUACGGAGUAAAGUUUUAUUUAGUAUUGCGUGUGGGUAUAGCAUAGUGAGAUUUACAAAUAUUUGUUCAGACAGCCAGGUAACGGUGAAUAUUGCUAGGGAGACAAAAAAGUUGGCCAUAACUAGCAAAACGAAACUUUAUCCCCCGUCACCUCUUGGAAAAAAAAGCGGGCAUUCGUUUGUGUGAAUAACAGAAAGAUUUAUUUUUCCUUUUUAAAAAUGGAUUUACGGAUUGUGGUACCGUUCGUGUUGGUUGUUUUUAAUCUAGGUUUAAUCGUGGGACAGACUGUCGCGCCUGGUUCAGCUUGUUCAGUUCACAGUAACACCAGUUGUGAAGUCUGCCUGAAGAAUGUUUCGUGUUUAUGGUGCAACUCAAACAAGAAGUGUAUCGAUUACCCAGUGAGGACGAUCCUUCCUCCCAGGUCUCUGUGUGAGCUGCCCUCUGCCAGAUGGGGAGUCUGCUGGGUGGAUUUCCAGGCUUUGAUCAUCGCCAUGUCUGUGAUAUUAGGAGCUCUUCUGCUUGCUGUUCUCAUUUGCUGCUGUUGCUGCUGCAGGAAAAAGAAGGUUAGAGGACCAGAUAAAACUGAGGAAAAAAUCAACCGUCAGAAUGAACAGAGGAAGAUCCGCCAGGAGGAAAGGAAAGCUGAGAUGAGGGUCAGACAUGAUGAAAUCAGAAACAAGUAUGGAUUGGCUAAGGAGAACCCUUACUCCAAGUUUGAGAACAAUUAACUCCACUUGGUCAACAGCCAGAAAACUUCAUAAUCCUUUUUUCCAAACCAGUGACUUUUUAAUAAGCUAUUUCUCCCACAAACCAGAACUUGCCAUCCUCGGUAUUGCUAGUUCUAAAUUUCUACAUCCACUUUAAGUAAAUAAAGCGGGGAUGGUUGAGGUGGUGGUGUACGAUGGAAAUUAAUUUCCAGCAUGAAAUAUUUCAGUGUUUAUCUUUGACAUAGUUCACCAGUUUUAUACUGGAUAGCUAAGGUUUUUUUUUGUUAAUGGCUUGUCACAAGUGCCAGCCCUUAGAAUUAAAUAUGUUUUUGCUGCCUUGUGCUAAAAAGCAAGGUAGCGAUACUGUAGCUUACACUUGUUUUAAAUGUUUUUCUUGGGUAAGAUUUAAAACAUUUAUUAUAACCAGAUAAGCAUUUAAAGUAGUGUACAAUAUUUUAGAAUUCUAUACAUGACUGCAAAAGAGUGGAAGAGAUUAAAGAACGUAAAAAUCCAUAACACAAUCUGCAAGAGAUAAACCGUGGCUUUAAGAAAAUAGAGGCGCUUCUACUGGAGCAGGACACCAGGGUGAUUAUGAAACACCAAAGGCAAUUCCUUGUAUAUAAAAAGUGUAAACCUGCACUAGGUUUCUAGUAUGCUAUUAACAAGAUAAUAUGGACCUGCUGAUAUAAAACUUCUGUUUUUAAAGGAAGAAAUAGCUAAAGUCACUGUAUCUGGGGUUUUUCUUUUUUUUCAUACUUCCCAUAAAUAUAAUUUCAAAAUCAUGUUUGAAUCCUUUUUUUUUUUUUUUUAAACUAUUUUUUGCCAUUGGGAUAAGGUGAAAAAAGUUGUAAUGCUAAUAUUAAAAAACAAACAAAAAAACCCAAAACAUUCUCUUAUAUCUUUCUGUAGGCUGGUUUGAGAAUAAUGAAACUCGGUAUGUAAACUGCUGCAUCCUGGUACCACAGGGGAAGAAAUGUUAAUGUGGAUUUUGACUGAUCGUUGGCUUUCAUUUGCUGUUGCACCACUUACAGUAAAACAAUGGUGUUUGGUAGCAGCAAAAGCAAUAGUCACUGAGUUUAUAAGGAAAAAACAGUUGUAAUUCUUCAUAAUAGCCUAGGCCAUAUUGUAUAAGCUAUCCAAACUAUAAAUGGGGAAACAGUGUUCAUUUAAAAUGUUGUUGCAGAACAUUAUGUUUAUUUGAUGAUAACCAUACUGUUAUUUCCUUUUGAUUUAGUUGUAAAGUAAAACAAAUGUUGUGGGUUGUUUUAAGUUUGAAAGCAUAGCAGUAUCAGCAGUAAGCCAGAAAUAUAUUGUAACACAUUUAAAAUAGUUAUGUGAAACAUCAUCAGAAAAGCUGUUAUUUCUACAGUGGUCCUAUUGAAUUCAUUAGGAAGCUGUGAAUGUACUAUUCUUAUUUAUCUUCAUGGAAAGAAGGCAUACUAUUGAAAUGCAUAUGCAUUUGUUACAGGAAUCUGUUUUACAAUAGCCAAGCAUGUAUUAUUGUUCAACUGUUGGAACCUUUUUUAAGCCUUUUCAAGGAAUGAUAACCAUUAGCACUAGCAAGUGCAACAAUAGCCAUUUAUGCUAAUUUAUGCAGAUUUUAGAAAAACUAAAGCAGCGCUAUAGAUUAACAGACCUAAACACUUACCUGUGCAGUAGGGCAGCACAGGAGACAUUAGCUUGAACCUUGGUAAUCUUCUAAUUAUUAUUUAGCUUUUAUCCAAAGGGAUUUACAGGCGCUAGGGGGUGAACUAUGCAUCAACAACUGCUGCUGCAGAGUCACUUACAAUAGGACAUCGGUUUUACGUCUCAUCC